AUGCGCAGCAGCACCGCCCCUCCUGGCCAGUGGCAGGCCGUGGACGACGCCAAACCGCCAUGGCCGCGGCUCACCCCGCCAGUCAGCGAGUUCACCGGCCGAGCCGUCGGCCUGCUGUUGUUCACGUCGCCGUCCGGGCGUUCGCCUGCACGCCAGCGUCGAGCUCCGGCAUCGCCUUACCUCACCAGCGCCUCCACGACGCCGCCAAGCCCCGCGGAAUCACUGUCCGCGUCGCCGUCGUCCAACUUCGUCCCUGUCGCCGCCAUCCGCAGCGCUGUUCUUGGCGUCGUCGACAUCAAGGUCAGAGACCGAGAGCACAUCUGGAACGAACAAGAUGCAGUGCAGCGCCUCCGCACCUUCCUCGUCUUCGCCACCGCCGAGCUCGUAUCCUCCGUGCAUGUCGCCGUUGACGGAGUUCCGUCCGCGCCGGCCAGAGAACAUCUCGCCGGCAUGCAGCUCCUCAAGCAUGUUCAGAACCUCCGUGCGGGCCUCCUCGGGCCCCACGCCGUCGCCGUCGCUGCAGCUCUGUCCGCGCUUUCCAUCCUUGACGUGGGGUUUGCCUCCGCCGCACGACGACCGGGAGCCUCGCGCGCGCUCGACAGCACCAAGACGAAUCUCCGCGUCCGUGUCGUCGCCUGGAGGUCGCACCAGGUGACGGCCGUCAUCGAAGCUAUGUCCGUGCCGCUCUGACCCGGCGCGGCGCACGCUGCUGUCGGCGACGACGUCUCCAGCACGUCCGAGACGCUCAGAUGGGCCGGCCUAGUCCACCUCGCCAUCCUCUCACAGUCCCAGUCGAGCGUCAGCCGUCGCAGCUAGCUGAUAACAGCCGUUGGAUCAAGAUCCUAGGGCCGCUUACCUCUUCGUCUUGUCCGACGCAAGUGGGCAGGCCAAGGUCGGUGCAGCCCAAGUAUUUUAGAUCUCAGCCAGAAAAGAUACGAACGCCGCCGAAAAAGAAGAUCGGAAUCAUCCCAGAGAUUCGAAGAUGAAGUCCAGGGACAAAUAGCCAACAAAGGCAAGCCACCUCUUGAUGCAUCUCUGAUCCUAUAUAUAUCUUACUCUUGCAUUAUUACAGGUUUUAUAAAGUGCAUUGUCUUUUUAUUUUCAUUUCGGUGGUUAGUGCCACCCGGAGUUUUAUUAAUCUACCCUUAGGGUGCAGCCCUCGUUGGUACC